AUGGCAAUGGAGACUCCCAAGGAGAUCUUGUACCACUAUGAGGAGAUGGAGAUUAAUGAGAAGGCUGCCUUCGAUGAAAUCAUCCGUCCCGCCGAUAGUUACACCCCCGAUGGCCAGUACUGGGCUGAUCUGCCCGUUGGUCAACGUAUUGGCUUCUGUAUGCGACAGGACCGCGAUGAGAUGAAGAAGGAGCGCCAGUGGCUCUGGGAGAUGAUCAAGGAGGAUCCUCUCUCCCCCAUUAGUUACUACUUCCGCAACUUUAUCCUGCCUGGUGCAGGUCUGGGUCUGGAGGGUUACGUCCUCUUCUCCAUCAGUAACGUCACCAGCAUGUUGGAUGUCACUUACAAGGAUUGUUGGAAGGGUACCACUUGCAACAAGAACUGGGUCGCCGCUGUCAACUACCUCGAGGUCGCUGGUAUCAUGGUUGGUCAAAUUCUCGUUGGUUAUCUUGGUGAUGCCAUCGGUCGUCGUUGGGGUCUUAUUCAAGAUGCUGUUAUCAUGUUCGUCGGUCUUCUCAUGCUGACUGCCGCUUGGGGUCUCACUGAGAACGGUUGGGUUAUCUGUUAUGCUUGGUCUCUCUUCUUCUACUCCAUUGGUGUCGGUGGUGAAUACCCCAUGACUGCCACCAUCGGUAUGGAGAACGGAUACGGAUCUGGUAAGGUCACCACCUCCCAUGAUCGUCUCCACCGUGGUCGUUCCGUUGUCGGUGCCUUCACCAUGCAAGGUUGGGGCCAAGCUGCCAACCAGGUCAUUCUCAUGCUUCUCCUCAUCAUCUUCAACGGCGGUCACCGUGAUGGUUUCUCCAAGGUCACCACCCAGUGGGUCUACCGUGUCUCUUUCGCUAUCCCCGCUGUCGGUACCCUGUGGCUGGUCUACUACCGUACCUACCACAUGCGUGCUGCCAGUAAGCAACUCGAGGCCCAGAAGAAGAAGUCCUCCGUUACUGGAUACGAUACCGAGUCUCUCAAGUUGACCUUCAAGUACUUCACUCCUCGUCUCAUCGCCACCGCCGGUGGAUGGUUCGCCAACGACGUCUUUUUCUACGGUAACAAGCUUUUCCAGAGUGGUUUCAUCGCUGUCAUUGCCCCUGGUGACAGCUCUGUCAUGACCAGCUGGUCCUGGACUCUCGCCAACGUUGCCGUCGAGAUGGCUGGCUACUAUGGCGCCAUGUGGACCGUGGACAACAAGCUCUACGGUCGUAAGUGGGCUCAGAUCAUCGGUUUCAUGAUGUGCUUCAUUCUUUUCGUUAUCCCCUGCUUCAAGCUCGACUACUACAUGGCUCCCGAGAACAUCCACUCUUUCCAGGCUAUGUACUUCCUAUCCUCUUUCUUCAACCAGUUCGGUCCCAACUGUAUCACCUUCCUGGUUGCCGCUGAGGUCUUCCCCACUGCCGUUCGUGGUACUGCCCACGGUAUCUCCGCUGCCUUCGGUAAGCUUGGUGCUCUGAUCAUCGCCAUCGUCGGUUCCUACACCACCACCCAGCAGCGCUUCUACGUUGUGCCUUGGUUCGGUCUUCUCGGUGCUCUCGUUACCUGGCUCUUCCUCCCCGAUACCACCGGGCUGGAUCUCCGCGAGCAGGAGCGCCGCUGGCACUACAUCCGUCUUGGCCGUGAGGAGGACUACCACGGUCCUGCCGUUCACCCCAAGCACUUGUCUCUCUACGAGCGCUGGACCGGUAAGGGCAAGCACUACGAUGCCGCUCUUGACUACAAGAUGAAGGUGGAGGAGUUCCGUGCCGAAUGGGAGUCCGCUAUGGCUUCCCGCAAUACUGAGUCCGAGACCAGCUCCGAUAUCUUCGACGUUGAUGAGAGCAUCCUUGAAGGCGAUAUGCACAAGUACUUCGAGCGUACUAGCCCCCGCAUGGAGCCCAUGAGAAAGGAAAUCACUGAGCCUCUGGUUCUCCCCGCUGCUGCCUCUUCCGAGGGCGAGAAGACUAUCUCCAACGAGUAG